AUGUAUGAGCGGUAUUUUGGAAUGCUUGGUAAAAGAAGAAAACGUUACAGAAGGGCACGUCAUGUACGUGGUCCUCCUUCCUUAGAGGAACCACUCCUUGCUUAUGUGGAUGACCAGGCAGAUGGUCCACAUGAAUAUACCUUAGUAAAGGAGAGAAAACCAAGAUCUGCUCCAACAAAAACGAAGAGGCCAAAAAAACAGGGCGUUGAUCGCCGUGCUGGUCAUCGUGGUGUAGGUCGCCGCAUGAUUAUUGAUAUUCAUUUAGAAGUCUUAGACGAAUGUCAAAAGGGGGAUCUGCAUUCGACGAAGGAAGACUUUUUUGAAAUUUUGGUUCAAGAAUUUAUGGGAAGCAAUUUCAUACAGGAAAAAAUGUUUCCUAAGGAUGAUGUUCCUAAGGAACAGGGAAGGAAAACUUUGUUCCUAAGGAGGAUGUUCCUAAGGAGGAUGUUCCUAAGGAACAGGUUCCAAGUUAAGAUUCCGGGUUUAGGGAAGGAUGACUUUGUUCCUAAGGAAAAUGUUCCUAAGGAAAAUGUUCCUAAGGAACAGGUUCCAAGUUAA